AUGGACGAGACGUACGACGCCGUUAUUCUUGGCACGGGUGUGACUGAGUGUGUGCUUUCUGCGCUGCUCUCUGUGGAGGGCAAGAAGGUGCUGCACAUUGACCGCAACGACUACUAUGGCGCCGAAUGCGCUUCGCUCACCCUCACGCAGCUCUACAACAAGUUCCGCCCUGGCGAGGAGGUGCCGAAGGACAUCGGCCGCGACCGUGAUUACGCCAUCGACAUGAUCCCCAAGUUCAUGAUGGCCAACGGCGAGAUCGUCAACAUGCUCGUCCACACGGACGUGACACGCUACCUCGAGUUCAAGCAGAUUGCUGCGAGCUACGUGUACCGCGACAAGCGCAUCGCCAAGGUGCCGAGCACCGAGAUGGAGGCCGUGCGCUCGCCGCUGAUGGGCCUCUUUGAGAAGCGCCGCGCGAAGCGCUUCUUUGAGUUCCUGCAAAACUGGCGUGAUAAUGACCCCAAGACCCACCAGGGCGUGGAUCUCGACUCGUGGCCCAUGGAGAAGGUCUUUGCGCAGUUCGGCCUCGAGCCCGGUACGCGCGACUUUAUCGGACACGCCAUGGCGCUGCACCUCGACGACCUGUAUCUUCAGCGCCCUGCGCGCGAGACGUACGAGCGCAUCCUGCUGUACAUGUCGUCCAUGGCGCGCUACGGCAAGUCGCCCUACAUCUACCCUCUGUACGGCCUUGGCGAGCUGCCCCAAGGCUUUGCGCGUCUCUCUGCGAUCUACGGUGGUACCUACAUGCUCGACAAGCCCGUCGACGAGAUUGUCCUGGACGAGAGCGGCAAGUUUGCCGGUGUGCGCUCCGGCGACGAGACGGUCAAGGCCAAGAUGGUCGUCGGCGACCCCAGCUACUUCCGCUCGGUCGGCAACAAGUCGCGUGUGCGCGAAACGGAGAAGGUUGUGCGUGCCAUCUGCAUCCUGAAGCACCCCAUCCCCAACACGGACAACUCGGACUCGGUGCAGCUGAUUAUUCCCCAGAACCAGGUGGGCCGCAAGCACGACAUCUACAUUGCCGAAGUAUCCUCGACGCACAACGUGUGCCCCAAGGACCUCUACAUUGUGCAGGUCUCGACUGUCGUCGAGACGGACAAGCCCGAGCUGGAGCUGCGCCCUGGUCUCGACCUCCUCGGCCCGAUCCAUGAAAAGUUUGUCACGAUCACCACGCUCGAGGAGCCGCUGGAGUCGGGCAAGGAAGACAAUGUCUUUAUCACGCGCUCCUACGAUCCUACUUCGCAUUUCGAAACGGUUGUGGAGGACAUCCAUGACGUCUGGCGCCGCAUCACGGGCCAGCCGCUUGUCCUGAAGAAGCGCGACGAAUCCGAAGGCGCCCAGCGCGACGCGCAUGCGGCGCUGAUGCGCCUCAAGGGCCUGCCCAGUGCGGCUCAGACCAACCUAUACACGCCACUGGCCAAACUAUGGCCUGGUGAGCGGGACAGGUCCUUAUCCCCGGUGGAAACGACGCCUUCUCCUGUGGAUUCGGCGGGUCUGUCGCCGACCGAGAUCACGACCCCGCACAGUGUCCUCUUCCGGGGGUCACGCGAGGGCAGUGUAUCGGGCAGUAUCACCCCGGGUUCCUCGUGGUCUUCCUGCUCCAAGUGCAGCGCAGACAGUAUCGAUACGACCGAAACGGUCACGACCUCGCUCGAAGCACUGGACGAAACCGCAUCCGACACCAAGACAGUGUCGAUUUCGCCCGAUUUGCACCCCAGUGGCGCGCCAUUGGCCCUGGGGCUCGACAACUCGCUGGAGCACGACUUGGAGUCGCUACCCCCGGUUCCACAGCGGCCUCCGUCGCAACGUCAGCGCAGCCUAAGUGAUGUGAUGCAGCGGUCCGAGUGCUACGCGACGUUCCUCCAAGACGACGCAAAGACCAUUGGCGGCCAGAGUGAAUCGGAUAGUCGCACCGUCUCCCCCUCGCCCUCGGACAGCGACGCAGAUGUGCCUGCAUUGGGCGAGUCUGUCUCCUUGUCCCUGCACAACACAGAAAACGGGGUACCGGAUCGGUCUUGCAAAGGGCCCCAAGACUUCUCUGCCUACGUCUCGGGUAUUGGUGAGCCGAUCGACCCAGACACUGAGUUCUCCUCGGUGGCGCAGCUGCAAACUUUCCGCAUCCACUCGCGCAGCCGCAGCGUGGGUCCAGGCGACUUCCGUGAGGAGCGUCUGCAGAACCGCCGCCAUGGCAUGGCGAGCGACACGAGCGCCACGCGAUCCUAUACUCUGAGCCCCCAACAGCGCGCUCGUAUUCUUUCGCCGCGCCCUCCGCUGCUCAAUGUUCGUGACACGGAGCUGAUUCCGUCGCUCUCGGCGCUGGGCAUGGCGGUGUGCAACCCGGGCUACCAGCUGAAGCCCUCGCGCAUUUCCCCCAGCAACGUCAAGCCGGUGGACGAGGCGACACCGCCUGCCUCGCCCCGCUUGACCGCACACCCCCAGGCGCCCCUUAUGAUUAAUGGCGUCCUGCAACUCGAUGCAAUCCCUGAUGCAUCUAUCGACGAAAACGGUUUUAAAACUGUGGUUUCUCGGCAUGCACGUCGGAAGCUGCGCCGCGAUACACAGCGUGCUUCGCGGCCUCCUGUUGCAGACCCCGAGCCGAUCAGCAUCGACGCGAUCCCCGAAACGCACGAUCUCGCUGCCGAAGUCGAGGAGCCCCAGGAAGAGGACCGUCGUGGCCGCGGGCGCACACGCGACCGUGGCCGACGCAGCCGUCCGAUGCAGCAGCAUGCGAGCGAGCCGCUUGGGGCCAAGGUGCCCUUCAACUGCAGUGGUUCUGUGGUCGCUGCGCCCUCGUCGCGGCAUGCAAAUGGCAGUCGCCGUUCGCGCCGUUCGCGCCUUGCGGGCAUGACCUAUGCGGCGGCUGCCACGGCGGGCCGCAGUCGCGACGAGAAGGUGGAUUCGAUCUCGCCCGAUACCCGCGGACGGCGUGGCGCGGUUAAAAUCGUCAACUCGUCGGACGACACGACUACCGUGCCGGUGCCAGCAUCUGCCCCUGCCGUGCCUUGCCGUACGUCAGGCAGCCCCGUGCCCGAACCCAGCGAGGAGGAGGCUGUUCUUCCCCGCCCGCGCCUGCUGAGUAACGGUGCCCAUCUGCUCAUGCUGAGUCUUGAACUGGCUAUGAUUCGGAAUAACAAAAUCACUUGCCCCCUGAAAGCACGCUGGGGCAAACGCCGUGAUGAUGACUUCCGUCCGAUCCCCAACCUCCAGACACGUGCAAAACUCGCGCUCACUCGCACUAGCACGCCAUUGAGUUCUCCGGACCAAAAUGUCUGCACCCUUGUCGAAGAGGGCGGCUCGAGCCUGAAGCGGAGUGCAUGUCCCCUGAACCCUGCCUAG